AAAUAAUGUUGCAUCUUUGCAUCUGUUUUGGGAUUACAAGUAGAGGCUGUAAUAAAUGUGUUACAUCAUGUUGACUCUGUGGGUGGUGAAUCACUGCUUCAGCUGGAACUCCACGGAGAGGGAGAGAUCAGGGACAGAUCAGGCUCAGGGAGGAAUCAGGUCAUCACAGCAGCCAACAUGCAGUUGUUACAUCUGGAUGUUGGACUUAUUCUUGGAAUUACUUUUAUGGAGAUAUCCAGUUUCAGCUUCUCAUCUCCAGCUUCUGGGUUUUUGGCUUCAGUGGAGACCUGCAUGUCAGACUUAUGCAGCUGUGAGAGGGCACUUGCCGCUGGCAACUGUGAGGAUGACAGGUGCCAAAUAAAAGAUUCAGAGAACUGUAACUUGACCAUCCAGGCUGCACUGGACCAAUUUCCAUCCCUGCAAGGGUGUGUGUGUACAUGGGAGGAGGAGCUCUGUGACUCCAUACAAGUACUGGCCACACAAUGCCUGAAAAAGCCAGCAAUUCAGCAGAGGAAGAUCACACCGACUGACUGGAAAUCCAGUAAUUUAGCAGACAAUGAUGUGCUUCUUGCAGUGCAUGAAGGCCCUGGAUCCUGUGUGGACCGCAUUGGUCUUUGUGUGAGUGAGUCUGUUUGCAACAGGCAUCUCACACCUGUUCUUCAAGCGUGCAUGGCUGAUCAGUGUGACAAUGAAAGGUGUCGGCGGGAAAUUCAACAGUUCUACGGAGGCAUGCCUCAACAGUCUGCCGAGAUGCUGGUGAUGUGUGAGUGUGAUGACUCAGAUCAAAGCUGUUUGCUCAUGAAAUCCGGGCUGCAGAGUGGGGCUUGUGGAGUUGAGACAAGGAUCUGCCAAGAAAGGCUCACUCAGUGUGUCCAAGACAGCAACUGCAGGUACCUCUUGAAAACACUCCAAGACAAAUGUUGGAACCAUGAAGAAAUCAUAUGCAGUGAAAGAAAUCUCCAAGAAAAUGAAUGUUUUACAUUAAAGGAUCCAGCUCUUAUCCUUGGCGCAAAUUCUGAAUGCAGAAAGGCCUUCUUAGCCACUUUGGGUACAGUGCUUCAUCAUCCUUGCACAUGCAAAGGUGUGCAGAGCAAUCAUCUACGAAUGUGCAACAUGAUUCUUGAAGUAUUUCACAACAGACUACACUUUAUAAAACUGGUGAAAAGCAGCAGCGGCCCUUCCAAACCACCUGAAAUCAAUGAAUCUGAGCAGACUCACAUGUGGUCAUAUGGUUACCUCUUGUAUGCUUUUUCAGCUCUCUUCCUUGCUGGAGUUGUCAUAAUAUCACCUCUGGUUUUUCUCAGUAAGAUGUGGUUGAAAAGGAGAGAUCAGAUAAAACUUAACCAUCAAAAGAAGGUGAAUCGUCAUUUUAUAAUAUAACAUCCCUUUCAUGACUAUUUUUUAGUUUCAUAUUUUAUGUGGUUCAGAUUCUAAAAGGUUUUUCUUCCCUUGUAUAUUUAUCAUUUUAUAAUAAUUUAUGGAGCAUUAGGUUUGAAGGUUUUAGGCAUUUAGAAGAGGUGCUACCAGUUUAAAUUAGCAGAUAGGUUCACACAAAGUUAAUUAAACUGAAAGAACAUUUUCUGUGACCUGAAGUUGGUUCUCAAUGA